UAGAGUCCAGAAAAUUUACAACAAUAUAACAGAAUAAUUACAUAAAUCUUUCGCCAGCAAUCGGCUAGUUUAACUUCAACGGCAACUUGAAAGUCGUUCAAUCGCCUUGCUCUACUAUUUUCAUGUUAUGAGAAUUUUAAUUAUAACAAAUUUUUUCAAUUCGUGUAUUACAGCGCGAUUGCUUCGCGUGCUCUUGAAUUAAGCAAAUAUGGACACGCUGGAAUUUGUGGAAUUUGCCAAGGCGACUAUAGACUACGUUGCAGAUUAUACCGAGAGUUUGAGAGACAGAAAUGUGUUGCCGGAUGUGGAGCCGGGUUACCUCAGUAAGUUGUUGCCGGAGGAAGCGCCGCAAAAAUCUGAAAAUUGGAAGGAAGUGCUGAAAGAUGUGGAACAAUAUAUUAUGCCUGGGGUAACACAUUGGAAUUCGCCGCACUUUCACGCUUAUUUUCCAACGGCUAACUCUUAUCCGGCUCUCGUUGCCGAAAUUUUGAGCAACGCGAUCGGGUGUAUCGGUUUCAGCUGGAUAACGUCUCCUGCUUGUACCGAGCUCGAGGUCAUCACGUGUAAUUGGCUUGGGAAACUAUUAGGGUUACCUAAUGAGUUUCUACAUUGUAGUAAUGGAAGAGGCGGAGGAGUCAUCCAGGGAUCUGCAAGCGAGUGUACAUUCCUUUGUUUAUUAGCUGCAAAAGAGCACGCAACGCGUCGUGUGACACGUCUUCAUUCCGGGAUAGACGAGAACCACAUUAAAUCUAAAUUCAUCGCAUAUACCUCCGAUCAGUCCAACUCGUCAGUGGAGAAGGCAGGAAUUUUGGGAUCAGUACCAAUGAGGUUGCUACCAGUGGACGAUAAGUAUUCUCUACGCGGAGAAACUUUGAAGAAAGCGAUACAGGAGGAUUUGGAGAAAGGCUUUAUACCGUGUUACGUCGUCGCUACUUUAGGAACUACUGGCACCUGUGCCUUCGACAAUAUCAACGAGAUAGGACCAAUAUGCAAAGAAUACAAUAUAUGGUUGCAUAUUGACGCUGCUUACGCAGGUGCUGCGUUUGUUUGUCCGGAAUUUCGUCAUUUGAUGUCCGGUGUUCAGUACGCGGAUUCCUUUAACGUAAACGCUCAUAAAUGGCUACUCACGAACUUCGAUGCUUCAAUAUUGUGGGUAAAAGACUCGAGACGACUUAUAGAAACGUUCAGUGUUGACAGAAUAUAUCUUGCCCACGAUAAGGAAGGAUUUGUACCGGACUAUAGACAUUGGCAGAUACCGUUGGGUCGGCGUUUUCGUUCAUUAAAACUGUGGUUCGUUAUGCGCAUUUAUGGGGUGCAAGGACUUCAGGAGCAUAUUAGAUACACCAUAAAACUAGCGCAACUUUUCGAGAAAUAUGUCAGGUCGGAUGAUAGAUUCGAGAUAGUCACCGAAGUUGUUAUGGGUCUUGUUUGUUUCCGUAUUAAAGGAGAUAACAGUUUGACGAAAGAACUUUUGGAUCGUCUGCAGACCAGAAAACAAGUUUAUCUCAUCGUCGCCACGUAUCAACGUAAACUUGUCGCUAGAUUCGUUGUGUGCAGUCGAUUAUGUCGGGAAGAAGAUAUCGCUUUUUCAUGGAAUGAAAUAAGCAGUCAAACAACAGAAAUUUUGCGAGAAAAACUUCAUAAAAAGUCGGUCAAAAAUAUCGUGAAACCGACGGACGAUAUUGCGACAAGGAUAGAAACUCUGAACUUAGGGACGAAAGAAAUUUCGCAAAAAAUAUCAUAACUGAACUUUCUGAUCAUUUUGACCUUUUUUACAAAUAAAUUUUUGUACCACAUUUUACCGUGUUAAGAGAAUGCUUGUUAGUUUUGUUUUCCUCUUAAAUGAAGGAAGUUUCACGCGUAAAAAGAAAAAUUGUAUAGAAAGAACCAUAUAAAUCGAGGGACAUACUUUUAUAUCAAAAACACUGUAUAAUUAACACAAUA